CUGACGUCGCGGCGCGGCCGGCGGCCGGGGAGGCCGGGAGGCGGUGGCCGGCUCGGCCCAGCCCAGCCCGCAGCUGCUGCGGUCGGGUGUGCGGGCGGCGGCGCUCUGAUUCGGCUCCUGACAGCUCUCCCGCCCUGCCAAGUUUGUUGCUUGGUCCUGGUGUCUGUCCCGGGUUUGGACAGCCCUCUCCUGCCGCCGCUUCCCCCGCCAUGGCCCUGGUGCGGGACGCCGAGCCGGCUGCGGAGCCCUCCCGCUGGCUACCCACGCAUGUCCAGGUGACUGUGCUGCGGGCCCGCGGGCUGCGGGGCAGGAGCUCGGGCGCAGGCAGCACCAGCGACGCGUAUACCGUGAUUCAGGUGGGCCGCGAGAAGUACAGCACGUCGGUGGUGGAGAAGACACCGGGUUGCCCAGAGUGGCGCGAGGAGUGCUCCUUCGAGCUGCCACCCGGCGCCCUGGACGGCCUGCUGCGGGCGCAGGAGGCCGAUGCGGGUCCAGCGCCCUGGGCCGCGGGCUCUGCCGCCGCCUGCGAGCUGGUGCUCACCACCAUGCACCGCUCGCUCAUCGGCGUGGACAAAUUCCUGGGUCAGGCCACCGUGGCGCUGGACGAGGUCUUCCGCGCAGGCCGCGCCCAGCACACCCAGUGGUAUAAGCUGCACUCCAAGGCAGGCAAGAAGGAGAAGGAACGCGGAGAGAUCCAAGUGGCCAUCCAGUUCACCCGCAACAACUUGAGCGCCAGCAUGUUUGACCUGUCCAUGAAGGACAAGCCACGGUCCCCCUUCAGCAAGAUCAAGGACAAGAUGAAAGGCAAGAAGAAGUUUGAUUUGGAAUCCGCCUCUGCCAUCCUCCCGAGCAGUGCCCUAGAGGAUCCCGAGCUGGGCGGCUUGAGCAAGAUGGGCAAAGCCAAAGGCUUCUUCCUCCGAAACAAGCUACGCAAGUCAUCCCUGACGCAGUCCAACACCUCGCUGGGCUCGGACAGCACUCUGUCCUCGACCAGUGGGAGCCUGGCCUACCAGGGGCCUGGUGCAGAGCUCCUCACCCGCUCGCCAAGCCGCAGCAGCUGGCUGUCCACCGAAGGGGGCAGGGACUCUGUGCAGUCCCCCAAGUUGCUUACCCACAAGAGGACCUAUAGUGACGAGGCCAGCCAGGUGCGAGCGGCUCCUCCCCGGGCCCUCCUCGACCUUCAGGGCCACCUCGAUGCUGCCUCCCGCUCUUCCCUCUGUGUCAAUGGGAGCCACAUUUACAAUGAGGAGCCCCAGUGCCCCGUGCGGCACCGCAGCUCCAUCUCGGGUCCGUUCCCACCCUCUAGCUCCCUACACAGCGUCUCUUCCCGGCCCUCCGAGGAGGUUCCUCGCUCCACAGAUGACUCCUGGGGCAGAGGCAGCCACAGCAACAGCAGCUUCGAAGUGGGGCUUGGACAGGAGGAGGUGGGCGCUCAGGCCAAAGUGCUGGCCGUUGGCGCCAGCCAUCCUGGAGAGGUGGAGGGGGCCCAGCUUCUGGAGGGCAAGCCAGUCCAGGUCGCUACACCCAUGGUAACCUCCUCUGAGGCUGCGGCAGAGAAGGAGGGAGCCCGGAAGCCCCGGAUGGGCCUCUUCCACCAGGGGCUGAGUCGGAGUGAGUUGGGACGCCGAAGCUCUCUUGGGGAAAAGGGAGGCCCCGCCCUGGGGGUCUCCUCCCACCACUCAACCAGUGGGGAGGAAAAGGCCAAGAGUAGCUGGUUUGGCUUGAGAGAAGCCAAGGAGCCAACCCACAAACCCAGCCUGGACGUGUCUCCUCAGGUAGAAUCUGACCCAGCUGCUCUUCCUCACCACCUCCCCUGCUCCCCAUGGGCUCUGGCCCCCCCCACUCCUGCUCCCACAGCUGCUCCCAUGCUAAGCACUAACCUUUUUGCAGCUGCCUCCCCCGCUGCUGCCACUGCUGCCGCCAGCACCACCGCCCCUGAAGCCACCCCAUCUGGAUUCUCGGGUCUCACCAACCCGUUCCUCACCUCCCUGCAGAGCAACCCCUUCUUCGAGGAGCUCGUAGGCGACAAAGCACUAAACUCUCCUUCACCUGCUCCCUCUCUCCCCAGUGCCUCCAGGGCCAGCCCCACCCCCCUGGCCUCCCCUGGGGAAGCCCUGCCUGAGUGGGACAACACCUUCAACAUCUUUGCUGCCAGCAGGCUGCGUCCAGAGGGCAGGAGCGAGAUCCUGAUCCCUGCCGGAGUGGGGCUGGAGGCAUCUGGGCUGCAAGACCCAGGCCUCAGGGCUAUGACAGUGAAAGCAACUGAGCCCCAGGGAGGCCCUGGGGAAGGAAGAGGAAGAAGUGGGAGCAGCAUGUGGCUGGAGCCCAGGGUUCCUCUGGAUUUGGGACUGGACCACCAGAGCACGAGCACGUCUGAACUGGGACCCCUCGGCUUGAUAGAGGCCAGCCUCCCAUCCACAUCAGCCCAGCUGCGCCUAAGAGCCUCAGCCUCAGAACCAGAUAGGGAGCUGCCAGCUGAAGAAGGGGAAGCAGGCCAGAAUCUAGAAGACGAUGGGACAUCUCUGUUUAGCUCCCCAGAAGUGAUCAGUAUGUGGGAGAGGCUGCCUGAACCAGACAGCACGCCUGAAGGCCAAGAUGAGGAGGCCUCCCGAGGUGAAAGCCAGCUUUUCCACGAGCUAAACACCGUUGAUGAUUCCUGGCCUUGGGAUGUAGUCACCAUUUCUCCAGCAGCUGAGACAACCUCACCAGUCCUCCAGGAAGAAUCUGAUGAGCUGCCUCCUCCCCAGGUGCAGCCAGAAUCACCAGAAACUGAGAGCCCCAGGGGCAGCAAGGGGCCUCCUCUGCUGGAGCCAGAGCCAGAGCCAGAGCCAGAGCCAGAGCCAGAGCCAGAGCCAGAGCCAGAGCCUAAGCCUGAGUGGGUGUCUGACCAGGGGCUGCAGCCCAGCACACCACCUCCCAAGCCACCACGCCUCUUCACACCCUCAAAUUCCCAGGAAGAGGAGGCAGAGAAGGAAGAGAAGUCUGCAGGAGGGCUGAGUAACGGCAGAGCAGGGUUAGGAGAGGAAGAUGCCUCUCCAAGUGUACUGGUUUUUGGUCCCCAGGAGGUCAAGGAGGAGGGAGAGAAGCCAGAGUCGGAGGAGUCUGAUAGCCGUUCUUCCGCGACCCUGCUGGGUGAGCCAGGCAUGGAAGACCUAGCGGAGGAUGCCAGCUUCCCUGUGCUGGGGCCCUGCCAGUCUGGGUCCACCAGCUACCCUGAGAGUUCUGCCCCCAUACCCUGUUACUCAGAGCACUUAGCUCCUCAGAAUCAGCAGAUCUGGGGGGCUCCAGAGAAAGAAGGCGGCCCUGAUGCUCAUGAGGCCCAGAGCCAGGGACCAGUAGGAGAGGGGCUUGGGCCUCUGUCAGCCACCUGCCAGCAGGCUGAUGUGUGGGCCUCCAGGGAGGAUGCCUUGACCCCCUUCUUGUCUCAGGAGAGCCGAGAUCCCCCCAGUCUCCCAUCCACAUCCCCACCAGGGUCCAGAGAAUCUUCUGUUCACUUGGGGGCAGAAGAGCUGCCCACUCCUCCAGAGCCUGCCUUUCCACCACCCCCUCUCCCUCUGUGGGCCAGCCACCACAGUGGGCCUAGCCCUCUGUGCUCCCCCCUACCUGAAGUCUGGCCCCUGGCCUCUUCCUCUCCACCUCUGGCGAAACCAGCCUCAUCCCCUGGCCCCUUUGAGCCCUCCCCACCUGGGGGCUCCCCUGCCCCACUCAGGGAGGACCACGCUGCAGCCACCCCAGCCUCCCCGCUUGUGCUUCUGCCCUUGGAGACACGACCAGUUGAGGAGCCACAACCCAGUGCCAGCCCCCACCCCGUGAAACCACUCAGUGCUGCCCCUGUGGAGGGCAGCCCUGACAGGAAGCAGUCCCGCUCCAGUCUGAGCACAGCUCUGAGCAGUGGGCUAGAGAAGCUCAAAACUGUCACAUCUGGCAGCAUUCAGCCUGUGGCCCUGGCCCUGGCCCCCCAGGUUGGCCAGACGGACACCAAGAGGCUAAAGGAUGCAGCUGUGCUGGACCAGUCGGCUAAGUACUACCACCUGACCCAUGACGAGCUCAUUAGCCUGCUCCUGCAGCGGGAGCGGGAGCUGAGCCAGCGGGACGAGCACGUGCAGGAGCUGGAGAGCUAUAUCGACCGGCUGCUGGUGCGGAUCAUGGAGACCUCACCCACACUGCUACAGAUCACCCCCGGCUCCCCCAAAUAGCGCUCCUCACCCCCAUCCCUGGGAGGGUUGGCAUGAACCUGCUGCCCACCCACCCUCCCUCCCACUGAACUCACUCUCAUGUGGGCAGGGAGAAAUCUGCCCUCAUUGUCACUCCCUGCUCCUCUCCCUCUUGCCUCUAUUGGGGCUGUCGGAAGGGGGCCCUUUGGAGGUAUCAGGUUCCAUGUCAACUUAUAUCUUUCAGAGCCCUGGGUCUUUCCCACUUGCCUGUUUUCAUACCCCUUAGCUUGGGGAGAUCCAGGGAAAUGAAACAAGGAACUUAGCUUUAACCUCAAGAUGGAGCAGGGGCAAGCUGCAGUUUGAUGUGGCAUCUGGGACAAGACUGGUUGCUAGCACAUACUUUACAAUCCCCCAAGGAUAGUCAGCCAUUUCUUCCCACAGUCCAACCCUCAUCCUGUUCAUUUCCUGCCAGCCCCUAUAGGGUCGUCUAGUAUUACUGGACAGGGACCAAGCUGCCUGUUUGUGUGUAUGAGUUAUGGGCAGCCCCGGCUCCAGCCUCACGCUCAUUCCCCUGAGAGCCAGGAGCCUGUGUGAUCUGGUCUCAGCCAUGACCUGAAUCUGUUUCUGCCUCAAGUUGUUUUGUGGGGCAGGUGUUGUGUGGACAGGGGUUGAUGUGUGUCUCCAGGCUGUUCCCUGCCCACCCCCCCACACCUUGACCCUGGAGUGUCAUGUGGGAAUGUGUAGAAGGGAGCGGCACUGGGGGCGGGGGGGAGCUCCUCUGUGCUUUUCACUUCUGAUGCACAGGCCCCUCCAGGUCAGGGUUUUCAGCUGCUUAUAUGUUUGGGAUCAAGCUUCCUUGUCUGUUCUUGUUGCCUGUCCAGAUGCCAAAACUCUGUGGUGCCACAGGGUUUGAACUUUCAGAAACCAAUUAAAAUGUGCCUUUUGUGGGAGGGGUCAAAAGCCUCUGGUUGUUGACCUCUCUCCUGUGUGGCGUACCCCUCCCAGCUGUUGAGCAUGUAGGGAUUGCUCUGUUAGGGCCUUGGGAAUGGGGCUGGAGGGUGAGGACAGCCCUGUGCGAGCUCUUCCUCUCCACUAGAGUUGAUCUCAGUUAAGGAUCUGGCAAACUGCUGCUGCUCCUUCAGCCUUCCUGGCAUCUUUCCUUCACCCUUGACCCCAAUAGGAGAAUCCUAGAAUAAAACCUACUGGCGGGCAGGUGGGCAGGGAGGCCUGGAGCUGCCCUGCUCAUGCUCAUUCCAUCUAGCCUCAGACUCAGCUGUGCUAGACCAUUCAGCUGGUCUGGAAGUGAAAGGUCCUAUUAUGCCUUUAGAAGACACCUGUACUUAGGAAAAAGCCGUUGUUGCUCUCCUUUCCAUUCACUAAGCUGCUGUCCCUUCUGCCCCAUGGCCUUGCCUAGCUUGGCUGCAGUGCACUUUGAAAUGAAGUGUCUGUCUUUUGGCACAGUUCCUGGUUUGCUUUAGAAAACACAGCAGGCUUCCCCAAGGCAUCUGCAGGGAACCUUUUGCAGUGUAGAUUAGCAAAAGUUGGGUGAGGAGGUGCUGAAGGAAAAUACUUUUGGCCCAGUGAAGAGGCAAGAGCUCCUCUGGGACCAACUCUUCCUCAUGGAAGUGGGCCUGUGGGCUCAGUUGGAAGGCCUCAGGAGGAAAUGUGCUCUGUGGGGGACAUCUAUC